AACGACGGCAAACGACGGCGAAUAGCGCGACACGAGAGAACGAAGAGCGAACGGCGAACAGCGAACGGCGAACAGCGGACAGCGACAAAUAAGCAACACCAAUCGGACGCAGCAACGAGCAGCAACUGAAAGCGAAAGCCUCGCAACACGAAUCGCAGCCCCAAUGCGAGACGUGCGUCGUCGGCUCUCGGCUGCACUUCGCGCAGUAGCUGCCGUUAACUGUCAGUUUAUGCGUUUCACGCAUUUAUGGCCAUUGUUGUUAAUUGCUGAAAUUGGCAUUCGCAAUCACAGCAGGGCGCUGAAUUCACCGCUGACUCCGGCAGCAAGUCACAUUGCCAGCUCCCAGGGGAGGCUCCAACUCCAACUCCGACUCCAGCUCCAGCUCCAGCUUCAAUGCCCCAAAGCUGGAGGAGCAUGUUGCACAGCUGUGUGGCAAGCGGCAAGCAUCAGGCAUCUGUCGGCGUAGGCAGCUUUUAAUUGAGCUCCGGCGCUGGCGCUGCAAUUGACACCGCAGCGGCCAAUUAUAAAGCAACUGGCAUAGUUUAAAGAAAGAGACGGAGACAAAGAGAGAUGGGUAGAGAGAGA